AUGAUAGCAAUAGGGAUAUUCCUGUUUGUUUUGCUGCUUGCUCUGCUGAUUCUGUUCUUCCUGAAACAACUCUGGACCCGAAGACAUUUGCCUCCUGGUCCUUUGGCUCUACCUCUCAUUGGGACCGUGUGGACUGAUGGGUUUUGGCUUCAUGAAGAUUAUUACCUUAAGCAUGUAAAACGAUAUGGAAAUGUACACUCCAUGUGGCUUGGACCUUACCUUGCAGUUGUGCUGUCUGGAUUCAAAACUGUGAAAGAAGGAAUGACCAGCUUCCGUGAAGAGUUCGCUGAUCGACCAAAUGAUCCUUUCUUUGAUAUUUUAGGGAAAGAAAGGGGAAUUCUUCUUUCUAAUGGCCACACCUGGAAACAGCAGCGACACAUUGCCAUCACUUCUCUGCGGAAGCUGGGCCUGGGGAAGAAAAGCAUUGAGCAUCAAAUAGAAGGCACAGUUCAGACAUUGGUGGAGAUCUUUAGACAAAAAAAAGGACAGCCAUUUGACCCGUCACUUCUGGUACUAAAUGCAGUUUGUAAUGUCAUAUGUGCUUUGAAUUGUGGACAUCAGUUUGCUCCUGAAGAUGAAAACUUCCAGAAACUAACUCAAGCUCUUAAUUAUUUUUUUAAUUUCACUGGUGGCUUUUAUCAUACGAUAUAUUAUUUGCUCCCAUGGUUAAUGAACUACCUCCCAGGCCCUCACAAGAAGGCCCUGGCUUCUGUGGAUUUGAUCCUUACCUUUGCAAAGCAGGAAAUAGAGAAACACAAGGAAUAUCAGUCUUUGCACGAGCCACAGGAUUUCACUGAUUACUAUCUUCUUCAGAUGGAAAAGAGCAGGAAUGAUCCCAAGUCUACCUACAAUGAAGAGAACCUGGCUCAGUGUAUUUUUGAUUUUUUUGCUGCUGGGACAGAGACAAGCUUUGCUACUCUGAAGUGGGCACUCCUUCUCUUGACAAAUCAUCCCGAUAUCCAAGAGAAAGUCCAGAAGGAGAUUGAAGAUGUGUUUGGCUUAUCGGGGUCAAUUUCCUAUCAGGAUCGGAAGAAGCUGCCCUACACCAAUGCCGUGAUUCAUGAAAUGCAGCGUGUAAAGUAUAUCUUGCUAUUUGGGGUUCCCAGGCAAAGCACAAAGGAUGUGAAGAUGAGGGGUUACCUUAUUCCAAAGGGAAGCUUUAUUUUCCCAGACCUGCACUCUGUUCUUUUUGAUCCUGAACAAUGGGAGACACCUGAAGAAUUCAACCCAAAUCACUUUUUAGAUAAGGAUGGGAAGUUCAUUGAACGGGAAGAGUUUCUGCCCUUCGGAAUAGGUCAGCGUGCAUGUGUGGGACAGCAGCUGGCAAGAGUUGAGAUCUUCAUCUUUCUGACCAGCCUGUUGAGGGCCUUCAGCUUCCGGUUGCCUGAAGGAGUGAAAGAACUCAAUGAAGCCCCUAUUGUAAACGUGGCAAUGCAUCCACACCCUUACAAACUGUGUGCUAUUCCCACACAUUCUUAAACUUAAACACCAUAAAAAGCGUAACACUAAUUCAGUAUGUUACUGUUUCCUAAAUA